UCCCAUAGAUAGUUACACACACCUUCACUAAUCACUAUCACCACUAUACUAACUUCCAAGCUUAGAGAUGUUGAGACCUCUCCUUCUGAAACGUUCCCUACAUCUCCGCCAUCACCACUAUCACACUUUAACUCCUUCACAUUCCCACCCUCUCCGAACCCUCACAACCAUCACACCCCCAAACCCCUUCCUCCGCCGAUUCUCCUCUUUACCAGCAGAACCCAACACCGAUGCUGAAACCCGCAAAUACUUGGGCUACGCCGCCCUCCUUCUCUUCUGCGGCGCCGCCACUUACUACUCCUUUCCCUUACCGGAUAACGCCAAGCACAAGAAGGCUCAGAUCUUCCGCUACGCUCCAUUGCCGGAGGAUCUCCACACCGUUUCCAACUGGAGUGGCACCCAUGAGGUCCAGACUCGUCAUUUUCAUCAGCCUGAGAGCCUUGACCAGUUAGAGCGUGUUGUUGAUGAGGCCCACCGGAGUAAGACGCGAAUCAGACCUGUUGGCUCGGGUCUUUCCCCGAAUGGGAUUGGGCUAUCGAGAAUUGGGAUGGUGAAUUUGAGCUUGAUGGAUUCGAUAUUGGAAGUUGAUAAGGAGAAGAAGAUUGUGAGAGUGCAGGCUGGGAUUAGAGUGCAGCAGCUUGUCGAUGGGAUUAAGGAACAUGGACUUACUCUUCAGAAUUUUGCUUCCAUUAGGGAACAACAAAUUGGUGGCAUCAUUCAGGUUGGUGCACAUGGCACUGGUGCACGUUUGCCUCCUAUUGAUGAACAAGUCAUUGCUAUGAAACUGGUCACCCCUGCCAAGGGGACAAUAGAAGUCUCCAAAGAGAAAGAUCCAGAGCUGUUUUAUCUUGCUCGUUGUGGUCUUGGAGGACUUGGAGUUGUGGCUGAAGUCACCCUACAGUGUGUUGAUCGACAGGAGCUUGUGGAGCACACAUUUGUCUCAACCAUGGAUGAGAUAAAGAAAAAUCACAAGAAAUUGCUAUCUGAGAAUAAGCAUGUCAAGUACCUUUAUAUUCCUUAUACUGAGUCUGCCGUGGUUGUGAGAUGCAAUCCUGUUUCAAAGUGGAAAGGUCCUCCCAAGUUCAAGCCAAAAUAUACUAAAGAUGAAGCCAUACAGCAUGUCCGCGACCUUUAUAGGGAGUCCAUCCAGAAAUAUAGAGUAGAAGGAUCUAGGAACAAAUCAUCAGAUGAUGAUGAACAAAAUAUAGAUGAGCUUUCUUUUACAGAAUUAAGAGAUAGGCUAAUUGCCCUAGACCCACUUAAUAAAAAUCACAUCGUCAAGGUCAAUCAAGCCGAGGCCGAGUUCUGGAAGAAGUCAGAAGGAUACAGGGUUGGAUGGAGUGAUGAAAUAUUGGGCUUUGAUUGUGGAGGCCAACAGUGGGUAUCAGAGACAUGUUUCCCUGCUGGAAAGCUUGCAACACCAAGCAUGAAAGAUCUUGAAUACAUUGAAGAGCUGAAGAAACUUAUAGAGAAAGAAGAGAUACCUGCUCCUGCUCCAAUUGAGCAGCGCUGGACAGCUAGCACCAGGAGUCCCAUGAGUCCUGCCUCAAGCCCCUCACAAGAUGAUAUAUUUUCUUGGGUUGGUAUAAUAAUGUACCUCCCUACCAUGGAUGCUCGCCAGAGAAAAGAUAUAACUGAAGAAUUCUUUCAUUAUAGGCAUCUAACUCAGGCAAAAUUAUGGGAUAAUUACUCUGCUUAUGAACACUGGGCAAAGAUUGAGGUUCCAAAGAACAAGGAUGAACUUAUAGCUCUCCAAGCAAGGCUGAGAAAGCGGUUUCCAGUGGAUGCAUACAAUAAGGCAAGAAAUGAAUUGGAUCCCAAUAAGGUUCUUUCGAACAACAAGUUGGAAAAGCUCUUCCCACAAUCAGAAACCAUAUGAAAUUAUGGUUUAUUGCUUGCAUGGAAAGAUGCCUUGAAGUCAAAAGAAGCUUUAAGAGCUGCGAUGUAAUGUAUUAAUAAAAGCUGGGUUAAUUUUUACGUUGUUCUUACUCAUUCCAUUGGAAAGUGGCAGCAUUAAGAAGGGGUAAAACUGAAGAAAGAAAAAGUCUGUUGGCGAUAUACUUUGUAAGAAUUGCUCUUCUUUUGGCAUGAAAUAUGUUCAUAAUAAUCUUUAGUACUUGUGCAUCUAAUUAUUUAGGAACCUUUGCACUCCCCUCUUGUUUUUCUAAGGCGUGCUAUGAUAGAAUCUACCCUUGGAGGUUUUGGAUGGAUCUUAUAUGGGUGUUAAGACCGCAAGAUCCCAAUGUUGAUUAUCUUGUUUGUAAGAGUUGCCCUGGAAAACAGAUUAAUGUUUAUCCAAAUUGAUCGAAUGCAUGAUUAUGAACAAGUUGUUGUGAAUGUCUUCUGCAAGUGGAAGCUUCUCUUUAUCUACUGUUUGUAACUUGUUAGUUAAUGUGUUUUCAAAUGAAAUAGUUGGCAUUUGUGCUUAUUUUGUCUGUAA